AUGCCAUUACCACUCGAAGCUCAUCCAUCUCCGACGGUGAACAUGCAGCGCAUCGAUGUGCAUACGCACUGUGUGCCCCCCGCCUAUCGAGCCAUCUGCAGGAGAAAUAGUUUCGCGGGUAGAGGUCACCCAGACGGAAUGCCCGCGAUUCCCCCCUGGGAUCCAGAAAGCCAUCUUGCCCUGAUGAAGGAUCUCGGCAUCACGCGGUCUAUUCUCAGCAUGUCCUCUCCCGGAACUCAUCUAUUUCCCGGAGACGAUGAACAGGCUCGUUUGGUCACAAGAUACAUGAACGAUCACAUGGCCGAUGUCUGCUCGCAGUAUUCGGGCAAAUUCUCCUUCUUCGCGUCGCUUCCUUUGCCGGAUGUAGAAGGCUCACUUGCGGAGAUUGAUCGUGCGCUGGAUGAGCUGGGGGCUGUCGGGUUUCAGAUCCUGACAAACUCUCACGGAGUGUAUCCCGGAGAUCUGAAAUUCCGACGGGUCUUUGAGAAGCUGAGUCAAAAGGACGCCAUUGUGUUUCUUCACCCGACCAGUUGUCAUCUUCGACGCGAGAUAGGUCCGGUUGAAGAGAUUGAGCCACUGGCUGGAGUGCCUAAUCCAAUGCUAGAGUUCAUGUUCGAUAGCACGCGAGCAUUGACAAGUAUCUUGACGUCGGAGAUCAGAACCAAGUGUCCAGGGAUCAAAUUUAUCAUUGCUCACUGCGGUGCAACUCUGCCUCCGGUCGUGGCCCGCAUUGCCGAGUUCUCCCAUCUGAUCUCCAAUGUCGAUGGACCCUUGACCGUCGAAAUCAUCAAAGAUUGGCUGCAGACUCACUGCUACGCAGAUCUCGCCGGUGUUCCGUUUCCCGACCAAAUUCACGGUCUUCUGCGCCACAUGGACUCGUCCAGAUUACUCUACGGAACGGAUUACCCUUACACGCCAGAUCCAUUGGCCAAGUCACUGGCCGCGAGACUGGACGAGAAUCUCGAGCGAGAGUUCGGUCCGGAGACUCUUCAGCAGGCUCUUGUGACCAAUGCCCAGACCUUGUUCAGCGGUCGAUGGAACUAG